AUGUUUCAAAUAAAUAGAAAGCAUCAAGAAAUAUCAAAGUCAUCCUUCACUCCCUUUAAUCAUAGACCACUUUAUUUGACGUUGUUCGUUGAAUCAUCACUCAGGAGGCAAAUGCAAGUGCUUUUAAGGAAAGAGUAUCUUGUUAGGAAAGAGUCGAGCAUUAUACGAGCGUUGAUGAAAUCAAGAGCAUUCUUCAUGCAAAUCCUUACUUAUAUUAGUUAUGCACAGUGCAAACAGUAG